CAGGAAACUUUUUUUUUUUUUUUUUACCCAGUUUUUCCACACAUUCUGUAUGGUACAUGCAGCAGCAGCAUCAUUGGAUGACGCGACAGCAACACACGAUAGUGCGAUGGAGCAUCGCCCCAGUAGCAAGACAGACCCUACAGGACCGGCCCAUUCACCGGUAGAAAGCGAUGCAUAUACGUUUCAAGAUGACGACGACGACGACGACGACGACGGUCGCUUAUCACAACCUUCGGAACGGUUGUUACAACAAGAACAACCGACACGAACAAGCGACGGUGGUUCGAUUCGCAAACGACUCAGUCCACAAAGCAUUGCUUUAUUAAAGACGUCGGGAAUCAAUGUACUGUGGAUAUUGACAUGGUACCUGUUUGCGACGUUUCUCUCUGUAUAUAACAAAUGGAUGUUCUCAGCAGAACAUUACAAUUUCCAGUUUCCCCUCUUUGUUUCCAGCAUUCACAUGGUCGUCCAAUUCAUUUUUUCAGGAUUAUCGAUCCUCUUGGUGCCUAGGUUACGGCCCACCAAAAGACCCACGGUCCGAGAAUAUAUAUUCAAGGUGCUUCCAUGUGCAUUGGCAACCAGCCUUGACAUUGGCCUGUCAAACCUUUCCCUCAAAACCAUCACUCUGUCAUUCUACACAAUGUGCAAGUCAUCUACCCUCGCCUUUGUACUCCUGUUUGCAUUUCUCUUUCGUCUCGAAAAGCCUAGCUUGAAACUCAUCUGCAUUAUUCUUAUCAUUAUUACCGGUGUCAUCCUCAUGGUGUCAGAUGAAACUGAAUUUGAAUUAGUCGGCUUCAUCUGCGUCAUGACUGCUUCUGCUUGUGGUGGUCUUCGAUGGGCGCUUACCGAAUUACUCCUUCGCAAAGAAAGCAUAGGAUUAAGUAAUCCUUUCGCAUCCAUCUUCUUUCUGGCACCCGCACAAGCCGUGAUCCUGAUUGUACUGUCCGCCCCGAUCGAAGGCUAUCCCACCAUUUUCCGCAGCGCGUUCUUUGUCACCUUUGGUGAAGGCAUUCAUACUACCGGAAUCAUUCUUGUGGGUGGAUGUUUGGCAUUCUGUAUGAUCAUGGCGGAAUUCUUUUUGAUUAAACGGACAUCCGUGGUAACCCUGAGUGUCUGCGGUAUCUUUAAGGAAGUGGCAACGAUCUUCAUCUCAACACUUGUAUUUGGCGACGUCUUGACCAUUGUCAAUACGAUCGGUCUAUGCAUCACAUUAUUUGGUAUUGGCUUAUACAAUUGGCUGAAGCUACGUCGUGCUACUCGACAGGCACACAAAGAUGUCCGUGAUCAAGAGCUAGAAGGAGCGCUGGAUACAGAGGCAAUUUCAGAUCGUGAACAUCGUCGUCAUCAUCAUCAUCCUCGGGAACCCAUGUAUAGCAUGGUCGCUGAAAGCACACCCAUGUUGUUGGUGGAUGGUGCAAUGUCAAGUUAUCGAGACAGCACAGACAGCAAUGAUCUCAUAAAUGAUGGAGAUAAUGGCAAGCAUCAACACGCACGAGGAGAACAGUAUGAGCUACGAUAAAUAUUCUUAAUUUUACCCCACAAACCACGACGACCACCAUCCUAUAAAUACAUCUCCUUUAUUGCAUUCCUAUUUAUUGACCAUUCAUCUGUUCUUGUGAAUUGAAAUCCUGGCUUUGAGAGAUACAGUAUCUGAAAGCAUAAUAAACUCAGAUUGUAAUGAGAACAUGAUAAAGCCAAUGAUACGAGAACUCUCGAUAAUGACGGUACUGG